AUGAAAAAUUCCUUUACUGCCUCCGUCGUGAUGACCAUUUUCAUGGUUGUUGUGUUGAUGAGUUUAUUGGCGCUUGAUGUUGUUGAAGGUAUUAUGGAAUCUCGUGUUCGUUUAAUUGACUCCAACUCACAAUUAAAUCGUUUCCUCUUCCGUGGUAAUACUCCAAUUGAACAUGGAAAUUUUGCGAUUGGAAAGUUGAGAGAUUUAGUCAGAGAGGUUGGAAAGAAUAAUAAUGUUCAAGUGCCUGAUGAAUUCUAUUUGAUUGAUGUAUCAUUCUUGAAUAUGUUUGAAGAAGAUUUGAAGGAUGAAACAGAAUAUUUCAAAGCUAAUCCACAUAUUGGUGAAUUGGUUCAUUGGACUAUUAUUGGUAAUCCAAUCAAUGGUACUGAUUUACCUGAAUGGUUGAGAAAGGAUCUUGCUAUUUAUGAAAAGAAAUGGGAUAGAGAAGAUAAAUUGAUCGAUAGAGUCGAUCAGCUCUAUAACUGGAUUCACACUCAAGAUAGCAUUCAUAAUUUGAAUCAAGAUGCUCAAUCUGCCAAAGCUUUGGUUUUCUACAUCCAUUGUGAGGCUGGAAUGGAUAGGUAUGUAGAGUUUCAUAUUAUUUAA